AUGAAGGAUUAUGCCGCAGAAAAGGAAUUGAAGUUAUUAGCAAGUCCCAUUGGUUGUGCUGAUAGCCAUCUCUCAGCAUCUCUUCCUCUUGUUCUGCACAAAUACCUGACAUCUUAUUAUGAAUGUGUUGCACUAGAAGCACAAACUCAUUUAAUGCCUACAAGCUCUAGUUAUGGAGUAACAGAUCAGGAUCCCAUCGCGCUAGGCCCUAUACAAACACAGAACAAAAAGGUUGUCCUUGUAAGAGUAUCACAAGGAAGGUCUACAUUAGAAGUACUACCUCAGUAUACUGCCAUAGCAUACUUGAAGAUGCUGUAUACCAACAGAGAUGUGCUAGUGUUGUUCAGCCUCAGAAGAAAUGCUUGUAUUGAUGUUAGUUUUGUGAUUCAGUUUGUUUUUGGAGAAGCUUCCUUGGACUAUUUUGACAACGUAAAAGGAGCCAUUAAGCCAGCACAGCUGACAAUCAAGGUCAGUGUACCUGAUGUCAAAGGUUCCCUGAAUGGAGAUGGCACUACAGCUGUAAAGGCAGCUCCCGCCAAAGCUCCAGAAUACAUCCUAGUAAACAUAGUAGUAACACUUGAUUUCUUUUUUUUUAAGAAUGUCUCCAACACAGGCCUGACUGGUGCCCAAAAUAAGAAUAAAAAGGAAAAGAAAAAUGAAAAUGAAGUUGUGAAUGGGCUUAAGAAUGAGCUGCAGUGUGAGCCAAGUUUCAUAGAAGACAGGCUGAAGCUUUAUGAAACACUGAAAAAAGAGCAUGAUGCCUUACUUGCUUACAGAGCAGCCAGUCAGAGCAAGUCUAUUAGAGUGAUUCUGACUGAUGGUAAAGUGAUUGAAGGGGAAUCUUGGAAAACGACACCAUAUCAGUUGGCUGCAGGAGUUAGUCGAGGACUGGCUGAUAAUGCAGUAAUAGCCAAAGUGAAUGAUGAAUUGUGGGACCUGGAUCGUCCAUUGGAGGGAGAUUGUUCACUGGAACUGCUCAUGUUUGAUAAUGAAGAAGCUCAGGCAGUUUAUUGGCAUUCAAGUGCUCACAUCCUUGGAGAGGCCAUGGAAAGUUAUUAUGGAGGCUGUUUGUGUUAUGGGCCUCCUAUUGAGAAUGGAUUUUAUUAUGAUAUGUACAUUGAAAACAGAGGUGUGUCUAGUACUGAAUUUACUACAUUGGAGAAUACAUGUAAAAAUAUCAUAAAAGAGAAGCAGCCUUUUGAACGAUUGGAAGUCAGUAAAGAGAUCCUAUUAGAUAUGUUUAAGUAUAAUAAGUUUAAAUGUCGAAUUUUGAAUGAGAAAGUUAACACACAGACUACCACCAUAUACAGGUGUGGUCCAUUGAUUGAUCUCUGCAGGGGCCCUCAUGUGAGACAUACGGGAAAAAUUAAGGCUCUAAAGAUUUUUAAGAAUUCUUCUACAUAUUGGGAGGGAAAGGCUGACAUGGAAACAUUACAGAGAAUCUAUGGAAUAUCCUUCCCGGAUAACAAAAUGAUGAAGGAAUGGGAAAAAUUUCAAGAAGAAGCCAGAAAUCGGGAUCAUAGGAAAAUUGGAAAGGAGCAAGAACUUUUCUUCUUCCAUGAUCUGAGUCCAGGAAGCUGUUUUUUCCUCCCCAGAGGUGCCUUUCUUUAUAAUACACUAAUGGAUUUUAUACGAGAGGAAUAUCACAGGCGUAAUUUUACUGAAGUAGUAUCCCCUAACAUCUACAACAGUAAACUCUGGGAAGCAUCAGGUCAUUGGCAGCACUACAAUGAAAACAUGUUCUCAUUUGAUGUGGAGAAGGAAACAUUUGCCCUUAAGCCCAUGAACUGUCCAGGACAUUGCUUGAUGUUUGCUCAUCGCCCUCGGUCAUGGAGGGAAAUGCCUAUUAGAUUUGCCGACUUUGGGGUUCUUCACAGAAACGAACUCUCAGGAACUUUGAGUGGUUUGACUCGAGUCAGGCGUUUCCAACAGGAUGAUGCACACAUCUUUUGCACAAUGGAACAGAUUGAGGAAGAAAUGAAGGGCUGUCUAAAUUUUUUGAAGUCAGUUUAUGAAGUCUUUGGUUUUACCUUUCAACUGCACCUUUCUACAAGACCUGAAAAUUUCCUAGGAGAAGUACAGAUUUGGGACCACGCAGAAAAGCAAUUACAGAACAGUUUGAAUGACUUUGGAGAACCAUGGAAGUUGAAUCCAGGAGAUGGAGCAUUUUAUGGUCCUAAGAUUGAUAUUAAAAUCAAAGAUGCAAUUGGCAGGUAUCAUCAGUGUGCUACUAUCCAACUUGACUUCCAGCUACCAAUCAGAUUUAACCUUAAUUAUGUUGGAAAGGAUAGUGAUGAUAAGAAAAGGCCAGUGAUCAUUCAUAGAGCUAUUCUGGGCUCAGUGGAGAGAAUGAUAGCUAUUCUAGCAGAAAAUUAUGGAGGAAAAUGGCCUUUCUGGCUCUCUCCUCGCCAGGUGAUGAUUGUCCCUGUGGGGCCUACUUGUGAAAAAUACGCUGAACAGGUUUGCCAUGAAUUUUUUGAAGCAGGAUUUAUGGCUGAUGUUGAUGUAGAUCACAGCUGCACAUUAAACAAGAAAAUAAGAAAUGCACAGCUUGCACAAUAUAACUUUAUUUUAGUUGUUGGAGAGAAGGAAAAAGCAAAUAAUGCUGUCAAUGUGAGAACAAGAGACAAUAAGGUUCAUGGAGAGAUUUUGGUAACGUCUGCCAUUGAAAAACUAAAGCAACUUAAGAAAUCACAUACUUUAUAUGCAGAGGAAGAAUUCUGAAAUGGCUCCCACUUAGCAGCAAUGUUACCUCUAAAUGAAAUUGAAAAUUUGUCCUCCCCUCGAUAACACUGUUGUGAUUAUUUGCAAGGUUUUGUAAUUAAUGCACAAAAAUGUAAUAGAUAUGGGUGUUUCGGGAUUGGGUAAAAGAAAAGAUUCAAACCUUGGAUGACUUAAGGAAAUCAUCUGAAACCAUAGCAACUGGAAAAUUCAGUUUAGAAAAAAACUUCACCUAUACUACAAAAUGUAUUGUUUCUGCUACAUAUUUAAAGCUGGUACUCUAAAAGUGAUCAAGAGAAAAACACUGGAAAGUGUACUUCGGCUACUGCUAACAAACUUAAUCAGUCAAAAGAUAGCUAUGUAACUUGUCUGGCAUCAGAAACUUGACAGCUUGUAUAAGAAAUUAAAAUUCUCAUAUUUGUUUUGGGGUGUGUCUAGUUCCUACUGGACUAAUGUUAACAGGCCACACACAUGUUGCUACUCCUUUUGGAAGUCUUAACAGCAAGGACAGGCACUGAAUGGCCUAGUGACUACCUAGAGAGGUUGAAUAAUAUAGACUAAGCGCUGUAAGGAACUUAGGUUGUUGACUGUAGUGUUCUUGUUCUAUGAGUACAUUGAAGACCUCCAUUUCCAGUGCUGAAAACCUGGCUCCUUUCACAAGCACUAAAUUCACUUUUAAAACUUUAAAAUAAACCCCAGACCUUCCAUAGAUUACACUGUUUCUGCUUUGUUUGGGGCAUGGACACUAGGAAAAUGUUGAAAACCUGUUACGUAAAUUUCUGUAAUUUUAUCUUUAGGACAGUUCAUUGAUAACAUCAGCUAUGCAUAUGUUGAAUCUAAAUUAGUUAUUUUAAUUGCUCCAUUUUGUAAUUAGACUGAAUAGUUUACUGUUCCUGGCAACUGAAUAAAUCUUCAGUACAACA